UGAUGGCCGUGGAGAAAGCGGCGGGAGAGCCGAUUGCCGAGGCAGAGAGGAGGGUAGUGUCCAUAACUGGACGAGGACCGACUUUCCCUCGCGACAUUAGAGACUUCAGUCCGUCAGGGAUCUUCAGCAAGCAUGUAGAAGGUUAACAGGAGCUUCCACAGUAGGAUACGCUAGCUUUGUGGAACAAACGUCCUUGUCUUCUGCUUUGGACCUUGUGAAAAACGCGCAGCGCGCGCCGUCUAUGCCUGCAUCACGUGAGAAUCACAUGACCAUCUACAGGCUCGAGUUGUGUUUCUCGACACGUUGUGCAGAAGCUGAGAGAGAAAUGGCCUCCAAAGCCUACGUGGCGUCCAUGACGGUCACGGAGCUAAAGCAGGAGCUGAAACAACGCGGGCUGAGCACCAGAGGCAGCAAGAAAAGCUUACGCGACCGACUGGAACGGGCCUUUGACGAGGAGGAACUGAACGACUCGAGCUCAGAGAGUGAUUCUGAGGGGAACCCAGGUCCUCUUGAGGCUGGUUUCAACUUCAGCGUCCCCGCAGAGAGUUUCCUACCGCCCGACCAGAUCCGAGAAGACAGCCCUGUUAUGUCCCCAGAGCAAGACAAAAUGAUUAUCUCAGUCGAACUGAGCAACAAAGAGACGCUGGAAGUGUACUCUCCGAACCCUCCACCAGUGUCUACCGUUGAGGACAAGGGAGGAGGGGGAGGGGGACCUCUUGUGGUGGCAGUGUCGGUUCCUAACGACGACGGGCUUGUCGCAGAACGAGGGACGCAGCGAUCGGAAAAUCACAACUCUAUUCCAGCUGUCUCCCCUGCUGUUGCUUCAUCCCGGGAAAACGUCGAUAUGUCCGGGGAAGAAAAAGAGGCUCCUCCUGCCGUGGUGACCGAUUGCAGUGAAAUAAACGACGUGUCGGAAACGCAACCCUCUGCGGUGGAGCAUUGUUCAAACGCCGUUUCAACUGACGCGAAACAAGUUUUGGAACCUACGCUAACGACUGCUAGUGAAACAGCAGAAAAUGCGAGAGUCGAAGCACUGGAUAAAGAAGUAGGGGGAGAGGGUGAAGGUGGGGAAUGUGGUGGUGGUGAUAUUAGAGAGGAAAAUGAAGGGGUCAGGGGUGUCGGACCACAGGUAGAGGAGGGUGAGGGGAGAGAAGGUGCCGAAAAUGAAUCAGGUCAACCCUCAGUGGCAAGAGAGGAGGUGGCGGAGGAUAUGGAUAUCGAUUCGAGUGAACCGGUCCAAUCAGCUGCUGUUGGAGAAACUAAGAUGACUGUUCAAGUGGAGUCAAAAUUAUCAGCAAUAGGGGAGAAGAGGGAGAGCCAAAGUGUGGAAGAAGUGGAGGAAGAGAGCACUAGUGAUGAGCCGAAAACGAUCAAAGGAGGUGAAGAAGAGAGAGGAGAUGUAGAUGAAUGGGUCAUUAUUGAACGGCCUCCACCUGUGGAAGAAGACAAGAACAGCGGGGGAGGGGGUGGGGAGGCCAGUAAACCACCAGUGGAUGAGUGCGUGCCGACAGAAGGGGAACAAGAGGUGAGUGGUAAGAGUCUGCAGAUGGAGGAAGCGGAGGAGAGUGAGGGGACCACUGCUGAGCCGGUUGGGAUAGGAGAGAAAGAGACGGACGCAGUGGAACAGGGUAUGGAGGUCGAGGAAGAGAAGGAGGAGGUGGAGGGAGAGGAAAUAGCUGGGGGGCAACAAAUGGAACAAGAAGAGCGCUUACCACCUGGGGAAGACAAAGUUCAGGGGUCUUCCACCACUGCGGAUGUGCCUGAAUCUGUUCCAACGGAGGACCAGGGACAGCAGCCCACCACUCGGAUAACAGAAGAUUCUCUUCGUACUACCACGACCGUUGAGAGGGAGACAACUGCAGGAGAGGAGAAGGAGGAGAGUGUUCGGCAGACGGCACCAGAGGAACAGGCAGGAGACAGAGUUCAACACGAGGAGCAAGCUGAGACUGUUGAGCAAGCAGAAGAGAAGAUGCAGCAAGAGAGCCAGGCUGAGGCAGGAGAUGAGAGGGCUCAACCGCAGAACCAGCCUGGUGCUGUAGAACUGAGUCCUCAAUCACAGGUGCAGUCGGAGCUUGCAGAGGAGACGAUGCCACAGGAGGAGCAGACAGGGCCUACAGAAGGGAGUGCUCAACCACAGGAGCAGGGUGGCACCACCCAAGAGAGUGUUCAAGACGAGAAACAGGCUGAGACUGGUCCCACAGAAGAACGAGUCGUCUCUGGACAGACUACCACACAGGAGGAGCGAGGUGGUGUGCAGGAAGAAAUCAGCCUCACGGAACCCACCACGGUGAAGAUAACUCCCCAUUCGCCCACUAAACAACUCAAUGACACUACUUCGGACAUGUCGCCCCCCCAAACCGCGGCGGAGGAGGUAAGUGAGGGAGUAAGUAUGGAGGUUGCUGUUCUAGUACAUGCAGAAGAAGAUGACCUCUCUGUAUUCUCAACCGAAGCUGCCGAGGCUCAGAAAAUUGCGUCUUCGCGACAGAAAGAGCGUGGGAGCGGCGGCUCCUCCUCCGGUGGCAAAGCUAGAGAAAGAGCACGUGAUAAAGAUCGGGAUAAGUCGUCUUCUUCUUCGGCUAAGCAUCGUCACACUAGUGGCUCGUCUGCGGCAGGCUUGCCCCACCCUCCCUCCUCCUCAUCCUUGUCCGUUGGUCUUGUAGGGGAGAGUGCAGGUAGUGAUCCUAGCAGGGGUAGCGAGGCAGGGAAGGCAGACACAGCCGCUGCCUCCAAAUCGUCUCCGGCAGUGGAGGCGAAACGCGCCGAGGGAGACAGGGCUGAGGAUCAAGCCGAGCAUCCCUCGAAGAAAAGGAGGAGAAUUUCAGCACAUGCAUCGUCGUCAUCGUCCUCAUUGGGAGCUGAGCCAGCCUCCAUCCAGUGGGGUGGCGGAGGAGGUGGAGGAGAGAGGAAGAGGCGCUGGGGCUCGGGGAAACAGCGCUCGGGCUCCAGCACCACCAACAUUAGCUCCGACAUCCUCAAGGAUAUCAUACCAAGUGAGUUGGAGGUGGGAGAGGGUGUGAUGGUGGAAGAGGAGGGGGAGGGAGGGGAGGAGGGGGGUGGGGAGAUGAUCGACCUUACCAGCGGACCCGACAACCUCGAGGGAACAGACAAAAAGGAUGAGCACCAAUUGGAGUGGGAGGAGAAGGUGAGACAGAGAGAGGCGAAGCAGAGAGAGGCAGAGAGGGCACGACAGGAGCUGGAGACCCGGCAGAGGAUCGCUGCUAGAGUCAGGGCCCGCCUGGAGCAGGCUGAUGCCGGGGAGAAGGACCUGGAGAAAGAGUCUGUGAAUCAGCGCAGUCCGUCCCCAGCCCGCAGUCCUCCCAGCAACAUUCUCCAUGUGAAGAACCUGACAAGGCCAUUCACACUCACCCAGCUCAGACAACUACUAGCUGCCGAUGGUCCUCUACUGAAAGAUGGGUUCUGGACCAACGGAGUCAAGAGCCACUGCAUUGCUGUUUAUGGAUCAAAGGACGUGGCUACCACUUCGAGGCAGCGACUGCACGGACUGAAGUGGCCUUUCACAAACCCCAAACUCCUGUCGGUGGAUUUCCUCUCUCCGGAGGAAGUAAAGAAGAUCAGUGAGGGAGACCUGGUCGUGAUGACUGCGCCACCAGCGCCAGAGGUGAGCGGGAAGGGAGGUGAGGAGGGGGAGGUAGGCGGAGAGGAGGAAGAGGAAGAACGUGGCGGUGGUGGUGGUGACGUUGGGGAGACCGGGGAGGGUGUGAGGGAGGAAGGGGAGGAGGAAGGGGAGCAGGAGAAGCCUGAGAAGAGGAGGAGGGAAAGCAGUGGCCAGGAGAAAUCGGAAGAGGACAGAGAAAAUGAGAUCAAGUCCAAGAAUGCUGGCGAGGAGUCGAGUGGGCCCAGAGGUGAUGUCAGCAACAGUGAUCCUGUACCCCCAGCGGCCCCCCUGCAUCAAGAGAAGGCUCCCUCCCAGGCCACCAAACUCCUGGACGACCUGUUCAGGAAGACAAAGGCCACUCCCUCCAUCUACUGGCUACCACUCUCUGAGGCAGAGGUGCAGGUGAGACAGCAGGAGAGAGAGGCAAAGGAGGCAGAGAGAGAGAAGAGGCGACAGGAGAGACAGAGGGCGUACGAGGAGGAGAGGAAGAAGGAGAGGGAGAGGGAGAAGGAGAGAGAGGAGAUGGCCAAGAAGGAGAGGGAGCGCAGGAUCCUGGAGGAGCGAGAGCGGCGUGCUAGGGAGAGAGUGAGGCGGAGGGGUUCCCUCCCGCGGGAGAAGACGCUCAGUCUGUUCAAGAUGGCGAGUAAGUGUCUGGAGCGGGCGGAGGAGAUGUAUGACUCCGCCCGGGAGGAGGGGAGAGGGUUGGAGGAGCCAGUGGGCGUGGCUCCACCCUCACUUCCUGUGCAAGCCAUCCGACCAUCUCACAGAAGCUACACCUUCCCCACACUCCCUGGUGGCACAGCUCCCUCCCUCCCUACCCCCUCCCUCCCAGUUCCCCCCUCCACCGUUCCACAAGCACAGAGCGUGCCAUCCGGCCCCUCUCUCUCUCCCUCAACCCCUACAAACAGACCAUUUCACAGCGUGGGGACGUCCUACAUGCGAGAGGCGCGGCUAAGAAACCAGUACAUGAUGGAACAGUACAAGGCCCACCUCAGAUCUCAAAUGCAGCCACGCAGCCAGGAAAUGGGUCUGGGUAUGCUGAGGAGACUGGAAGAGAACAUUAGCGUGGCUAAGAUCAGAGAACAGAAUCUGGCAAGGAAGGCGAGGGAGCGGCAGAUGAGACUGCAGCAACAAUCCGACACCAGGGCUGGGUCGAGGAAAGCCCAGGUGAUGAGACUGAGUCAACUGAGUGUGGAGGAACUGCGGGAACAGGUCGCCUCCUUUGAACACGGCAAGCAUUUCCCAAUCUUGUCUGCCCUGAAGCAGCGGCUGAGUGAGAGACAUGAGCGACUGGAGAACCUAAGGAACCGUCUCACAGCACAUCCUCCUUCUGCCAGUAACUCCUCCCACUCUCCUCCCUCCUCUUCCGCCUCCCCUACUGUCUCUACUGCAACGGAAGUCUACAAUUUCGUCAACGAUAUCCUCAGCAACCCUGACCACCCCCUCUCUCGUCUCCUGGGAGAGUACCAGCUGGAAAUCUUCACUCUCCUCAAGCCACUCCACUCCGCCAGGCAGAAGGCCGGAGAUGACAUGCCUCGGAUGGUCAUCACUGAAAAACCCACCCCCAGCCCUACUGGGUGUGAUCUGGGGAAGAUGAAGAUGCGAACAAUGUCCUCCCCACUCCCCACUCCCUCCCAACCCACCCCCACCGAGUUCACAUCCUCACACCCUCCCCUCCCCACCCCUCCUCCAACUCUCACCCUUCAAACGGAAGACGGUAUGAACAGACUGGACCUACUUUACUUGAACAGCGACAGCGAAAAUGAAGACGAGUUGUUCACGCUUUCAACGUCUUCGUCACUGGUUGUGGGCCCCACAGAUUUGCCCCCCGGGGGUCAGAACGAAGUCAGUGGAGAUGCGAGGGGGCAGGAUGAGGGAGAAGACAAGUUAUCAAUGCUGCGGGCAGAGCUGGAGAGUUGUGUGAGUGGGAAAAACGAGGAGGGAGGGGUGGAGGGGGGAGGGGGAGAGUGUGAAGAUGGAGGUAGGUGUGUGACACAGCUGCUGCACCUGGUGGGAAUGGAGGAGAAGGGAGAAGAGGGAGGAGGAGAGUGCGGGUAUGGUGGGUCAUUUGGUGGUACAGAGGAAGGAGAAGAUGGGGGAGGGGGGUGGUGUGUGGAUGGAGGCAGACUCACUCAACUCCACGUUCUCAGAGAAGAAGAAGAAGAAGAAGAAGGAGAAACAGCCGCUAAAGACCAACCAGACGGACCCAACCUUGCGAGAGAGGGCUCCAGUAAUGACCAACGACUACAGAGAGACGUUCCCGAUGGAGGCAUGUUCAGUCGUCCCCCUCCUCCCCCACAGGAGCCGGAAGAAGAGGAAGAGGUUGUGUUUAGUAGCCUCGUCCCUCUCUCCUGUCGUUGCUACUACGGCCGAGAGGAAGAGAUGAAGUCGCUGAAGUCCACGGCGGAACCUGUUCUGGAACAGGCUGUGGCACUUGUACACUCCUCACUCGAGAUGUUGGAGACACUGUUCACGACUUGCUACCCAACACUGUACCAGUCUCCCCAGACAGAGGAGACCCAGCUGGUCCUGGAAUCCCUCUUCUUCCCCGCCCUCCUCCCUCCUCUCCUCGCCGCCUACCGCUCCCGGAACUACGCCGAGGAGGUGGCCACAGCCAGGAACAUGUGUCGUCAUUCGUCUCCUCCCUAUCACGAAGCCAUCACCGAGCUGUGUCGUGUACCGGACCUCCACUCCCCCAGUGCCAAGUUGACUUGCCUCGUCACCACCUCUCGGACAUUGGUCCAAUGUAUUGACCAAUACUAUGAGACUCAGGGCCAGCCAAAGGGAGCCGUCGACUACGGAGUAGGAGUGGACGACAUUCUUCCCAUCAUGAGCUACGUCAUCAUCCGUGCAGCCCUCCCACAGCUGGUCUCUGAGACUGCUCUGAUGGAAGAGUUCAUUCAAGAAGGGUAUGUGAAGGGUGAAGAGGGAUUUGUCUCACGUCGUUCAUGACAGCUCUCAAAUUCGUCUCUCGGAUGUCUAGUUGACGACUGGCCAAACUCCUGACUUUUUAGCGCUCAGUCUACCCAUGUGGAUGUGAAAUAGAAAUUUUCAUCACACAAUGAUAUAUUUUGACUAGAUCAGCACAUUAGUUUUGUAAAAGUCAUGAUUUUUUAGUUUGCGUUUUGUAUGAUAUAAAAAUUUGAACCAAUCAUGAAUUGAAUGUCACGUGAGAAAUAAAAACACUCUUUUGACAAACUGGAAGCGAGAGAGAGAAAUCUCUAGUCACAGUGAGGGGGGCAGUUCAGGGUGCCUGGUUG